GACGACCGUCCGCUCAGCACCACCCUCAAACGUGCGCACGAAAUCCUCUCUCACAACCUCACCACAACCAUGGCGAAACUAGGCAACCUCAUCCCCCUCCUAAUCCUCUUCGUCGUCAUCGGCAUCGCCGCCUGGAUUGGCUACGGCUUCUACACCUGGUCCAACGAACUCGCCGCGCGCGGCCAAAAGAAAAUGGAGAAGAAGAACAUGGCGUUUACGAAAGAGGGCGGGCUGAGAGUCGGAGUGAAGGGGGAGAGUGAUGAGAAUGUGGGGGACAAGACGCAGAAUGUGCUCUACAACGUCUGGAACAACGCGGAGCUGCCCGCUUCCAAGUCGAGACUGGGGUGGAAUAGCUCGCAAGAGGGCGCGGCGAAGAAGGGUGGGGCUGCGGCGAAGACGAGCAAGUAGAACGUGUGAGGGCAUAUGGCUGGGAAUGAUGCGGACGUGGGAUGAUCAACGACGUUAUGAAUUGGAAUGCAGCAUGGCUAGGGAUCAACGAAAUGACGCGGCGUGCGCGAGAGGCAAGACGGAUACACUGUGG